AGCAGAAAGGGGGAAUGAAUAGCAUGUAAACUGAAAUUGUUUUCCAGAAAAUAAAAUAAAAUAAAAAGCCAUUUAAAUAAAAGUUUGUUAAAAUGAUUAAGCAUCAAAUAAUUGUAUUGCAUUGUGUAGGAUUGGCCAACAUGAGAGGUUGUUAACAGAUCCUGUGGGUUAAUUGGGCUUGUCGCUUCUGUGCCAGUCUGCAGCGGAGAGGGAGGAGCGAGCUGGGGGGAGCUGGGGAUCUACAAUACUGACUCGUACUAGAAGUUCAAUCCGAAACCAACACAGUCGACACUUCAAGGCGUUUAGGGAGGUGUGAGAUGGUUCAGUUUUAUAGCAGAGAUUAAACUAUAGUGUAAACUUGAAUCGGUCCGAAGAAAGAGCAGUCAUCUCCCUGAAGUCAGACAAGCUCUGAAGCUAUAGUGACCAUAUCCCUGAAGACGACAGUUUCUAACCUGAACAGGAAUCAGCAGCCUGUAUGAGGAUGCUUUUGUCUGAACAUCAAACCUGGAGGUAACCCCACGUCGACUGUGCUGCUACCAACCCUUGCAUCUAGGAGUGGAGAUGGUCCACUGGACCACACAGUGGGGGACAUGUGCCUGGCUCCAGACCCUGAUGGCCUUUGCCUUGGCCAACUGUUCCUCACUUGCCCCAAGCAAUGUCAACUACUCUGUGGUGUACACCAUGCCUUUUUUCCAGGCCCGGAGCCCGAUCCAGAACAUAGUCAACAACUCGUUUUACCAGGAGGUGUAUGUUGCUUCUCAGAACGUGAUUGAAGCUGUCAACAGAAGCUUGGAGAAGGCGUGGGAGCUUCGCACUGGGCCAGUUGGAAGCCCAGAGUGUCAGAUAUGCAAUUUGUGCAAUGUUGACAAAGAUCCAAAUUUUCUGGAGGACACAAACAAUCAGAUCUUGCUGUUGGAUACCCUCUUCAUGUAUUUAUACUCUUGUGGAAGUUCUCAGUAUGGUGUGUGCUAUUUUCACCAACUUACCUCAAAUGGAGAGUCGCCUUCUCUGUCGAAGUGUUUAUUCAGAAAGGAUUCAAACUCUGCUGCCUACUGUCCUGACUGUGUGGCUAGCCCUCUGGGCACCAAGGUGACAAUGGUUGAAGAGGGUCAGACUGUCUACUUCUUCGUUGCCACAACUGUUAAUGACAGUGUGACCCAGCGUUAUGGAAGGAAAUCUAUAUCAGUGCGUCGACCACUGGCAACAGAAGAUGGUUUCUACAGUGAUGUGCGUGGCCUAACUGUUCUUCCAGGUUUACGGAGGACAUACAAUAUAGAAUACGUGUACAGCUUUUUCACUCAGGAGUUUGUCUACUUCCUUUCUGUUCAGAGAGAGAGCCCUGAUCAGGGCUCAUCUCCGUUUCAGACUCGUCUUGGCCGUCUCCCACGGAAUGAAUGGGAGAUGAAGCGGUAUCGUGAGGUGAUCCUGGAGUGUCGCUUUGAACCAAAGCGCCGUAGAAGGAACGUUGUCAGUGAACCUUAUAAAGAUGUGGUAUACAAUGUGGUUCAGGCAGCUCACUUUGGCAGGGCUGGCAGGGAGCUGGCAGAGGAGUUAGGGGCAGAGGAGGAAGAUGACAUCCUUUACGGGGUUUUUGCUGUAACUGAUGACAAUGGGGUGACGGAGCAUGACUCAGCACUAUGCGCCUUCCCCAUGGAUAAUGUUAACAAAGCAAUCGUAGACGGGGUGGAUGACUGCUGUGAGUCUGGCCCAGAACAGCUCUCCAGAGGGCUCUGCCAUUUUCAGCCCUGUGAGAGCUGUCCACACGAGAGCAUGGAGAACAAUGCCACAUGCAGAGACCAUCCUACGAUGGUGUCAAAGCCUUACUAUAGAGUUGACCUCUUCAACAGGCAGAUGACAGACGUCCUGCUCACAUCUCUGUUGGUCACAACUAUAGAGAACAAGACUGUAGCUCAUAUCGGCACCUCUACUGGACGCCUGCUGCAGCUUGUAUUGACAAGAUCCAGCCCUGUUAUCUUUGCCAAUUACUCUUUGGUUGAGAACAAGAGAGUGUCAUCAAUUGCUACUGUCUACUCAUCAGAGUAUCUUCUUUUUGUUGUUGGAGAUAAGAUGUUCCAGGUUCCCCAGCGAGGGCCAGGCUGUCAACACUUCCUCACCUGUGCAAUGUGUCUGACAGCCCCGAAGUUUAUGGGCUGUGGCUGGUGCUCUGGAGUGUGCUCCUGGAAGAGUGAGUGUCACAGGCGCUGGAGGAACGAGUCCUGCCCACCAGGGAUCACUGGGUUCUUUCCACGGACUGCUCCCCCUGAUGGUCAAACAGAGCUUACAGUGUGUGGAUGGGAGUUCCAGUCGCCUUUAAGGCCUGCCAUCACCUCCAGAACCCACCAGGUCCGACUGGGACAGACACCUUGCACUGUGAUUUCAGCCAAAAGCAAUACAACACACCUGGUGUGCAAGAUUCGCUCUGGGGCCACCGAGCUGUCAAAACCAGUCAACAUUACAAUGGAGGUGCAUGAGGGCAAGGUGGACGGCCGCUACUCUAUCGAUGGGAAGGCAGAAAUUCCAGGAUUCACAUUUGUGAUUCCAAACAUCACAGAAAUCCAGCCCAACUACGGGCCUCGUGUUGGGGGCACACUCAUCACAGUGUCAGGGCCUCACUUGGACGCUGGGAGGACAAGGAGAGUCACUCUGAAUGACAUGCCCUGUCCAAUAAAAAGAGUCACAAAGCCUAAAGGCAAUGUGUCCUCCAUCAUCUGUCUGUCCCAGCAAAUCUCAGAGGUGAGGGACGUUCCUCUGAGUGUUUUCAUCGACAAGUCACCUGUCCUAACAACGAAGGUGUUUUACUACAGAGAAAACCCAAAGAUUACAGCCAUCCUGCCAGGCUGUAGUUUUGACAGGGGGUCCAAGAUUGUGAUUGAGGGGGAAAACCUGGAUUCUGUUUACCGAACCAUCAUCCGCUUUAAACCCAAUGAGAGCCACUUAAAACCUGUGACAAGGGAGUGCAUAGGCAAGUCCUUACCUACAAGGAUGGAGUGUCUCUCCCCUGUGUUCCAUAGAGAUGAGACGGAGGAAGGGCAGCUUUCUUUUGACAUGGAUGGAGCUUUGGGACUUUGGAACAAAGAGUUCUCCUACCACCCCUAUGGCGAGCCCAUCCCUUUUGAAACAGAGGGACAUGUGCUGAGUUUGUACCCCGGGUUUGACGAAGUUUCAUUACAUCAUCAAAAGCUGAAUUUGGUGAGCUCCUGUAUGACCAUCAUUAUGACAGUGGCAGGUGUUAACUGUGAUGCAAAAGUCCUGGAUAAUGAGAUCACCUGCAGGAUCCCCAAAAACAUGACCAUUCCCAGUGAGGGGCUACCAGUGAAGAUCUCCAUCAACGGGCAGGUCCACAACGUUGGAGCUGUGGUGAGGGUCAGCAACCACUACAUGGUGGGCAUUGUUCUGGGGAUCUUGGCGGCUCUGGUGGCAGGGGCGGUGCUGGCCUUCAUUGUCAUGAAACACUUAAGGAAGAAGAAGAAAGCCUCAAUGGUAGAGAGCCGCUUGUCUCACAGUGUGAACCGCUCAGUUACAAACAAUGUGGAGCUGUCGCCAGUUGGAGACUACAGGAGAGUAGUAUCCCUGAAUCCUCCCUCCCCACUGGUGGGGCCGGUGGUGUUCCCCAGGCUAGCCUACGCUGCAGGUAGCAUUGAUCCUACCCUCACUCCCCUCAUGCAUACAGAUAAGAUCUCCAUCUCCAGCUUUAGGCCGGAGCUGCUGGAGGAGGUGAAGGACGUUCUUAUUCCUGCUGAGAUGCUUCUUGUGCAGCACCACCGCAUCAUAGGGAAGGGUCAUUUUGGGACUGUCUAUCACGGCUACUUCAAAGACCACAACAACAGAGAAAUCCACUGCGCUGUCAAGUCUUUGAAUAGAAUAACAGAUGUUGAGGAGGUGGAGCAGUUUCUGAAGGAAGGCAUCAUAAUGAAGGGUUUCCACCACAGUAAUGUGUUGUCUCUGCUUGGCAUCCUCCUGCCACAGGAAGGGCUCCCUCUAGUGGUGCUACCGUAUAUGAAGCAUGGGGACCUGCGGCACUUUAUACGCUGCGAGAAGCGGAACCCCACUGUAAAGGAUCUGAUCGGCUUUGGGCUGCAGGUCGCCAAAGGGAUGGAAUAUUUGGCUCAGAAGAAAUUUGUGCACAGAGAUCUCGCAGCACGUAACUGCAUGCUGGACGAGUCAUACACGGUCAAGGUUGCAGACUUCGGCAUGGCCAGAGAUGUUUUCGAUAAAGAGUAUUACAGCGUUCAGGAUCACAGGAAAGCCAAGCUGCCCGUUAAGUGGAUGGCCAUCGAGAGUCUGCAGACACAGAAAUUCACCUCCAAGUCUGAUGUUUGGUCCUUUGGUGUGCUGAUGUGGGAGAUGCUGACCAGAGGAGCCAGCCCCUACCCAGAGGUGGACCCCUAUGAUAUAACACAUUACUUACUGAAGGGCAGAAGACUUCCCCAGCCUCAGUACUGCCCUGACCCUUUGUACAGCAUUAUGCUUGAGUGCUGGGACCCUGAUCCAGAGUUGAGGCCCAGCUUUGCUACAUUGGUGUCAGCUGUGUCCACCAUUCUUUCUGACCUGGAGGGAGAACACUACAUCAGUCUGAACAUUACCUACGUCAACCUGGACCAACCAAGGCCCUACCCGGCCCUCACAGAGUCUGCUGACGAAUACGACUCAACGGAUGUUGAAGACUCAGGCUCAGUCUCCUCCUGAGCCACUCCUCUUCCCCCUUUGACUUUAUACUGAUAUCAAUGCUAGCAGCAAGAGCACAAAGAAAACCCACUGCCAGACCACAAUGUGUCUCAAACAGUAUCUGAAACAGAGACAUUCCUAAUGUGUUUGUGCAAGAAAGUGGUUGUAAGAUCCUUUCACUGGACAAAGCAGACCCUCAGGCAGCUUUGGAAGUUCAUAACUUUUGCAGCUUACAGUAGAUGAAGUUCAAGCUUCCAAACUCACAUCUUAAAAGUAUUGAAUAGACAUGUAUCCAUUUUUAUUCACUGCUACAAGAUUUCACUGAUCAUUUUUUUGAGCUGGCUCAACAAAUUAAGUCUUCUUAAUACUUCUUACAUGUUCCUUGAAAAGUUAGCUUACACUGGGAUACUACAUGUGUGCAGGUUAGCUAGAAAGCUAAAAACUUCAGUUUCAGAUUAAUAGACAUUGAUUUUCUCACAUACAUUUUUUUCAAUUCAAUUAAAAAAACUGUAUUUGUCCCCGGGGGGCAUUUCAAAGGCACACAGAGCAGUCAAUUAAUGACAGACCUCACUUUAAUAUUUUAAAGCUGUUUUUUUCAAAGUAUUGGCUGCAGUAUUAAGGAAACAAGUAAAGAAAAGCUAAGCUACAAUGCAAAGUAAAGUCCAUGUAAUUCAGUGACACAUUCAUUUAUUUUUUUACAUCUUAAAAUGUAGUGCACUGCUACAGCAGCAGGGCCAUUUGUAUACAUACAUGUUCUUUGAGCUUUGCUUCAAACUGUGUUUCAACUGUGCUGAACUCAUAAGUCCUGCACAGAAAUGAUCAUCAAACUCUUCACUGUCUUUAAUUCUAAAUGUCUUUGUAGUGGCUGUUAGAGGCAGACAUACAAGGAAAAUAUCUUUCUAUCAUUUUCAACAGUGGUUGGAUACAUCCAGCUUGUAAUGCUCUGAAUUAUGUGACCAUACACUGCUACUUACACAGAAAUAUUUAUUUUGCCACCCAUAGCAUAGUGUACUGUUACAUUUGAAGAGCCCAUGUGUGUAUAUGUUUAGUUAGACAUAGAAAACCUUUGCUUUUAAUUGUUUAAUAGUGUACCUUAAGUAAUAACUUUUUAGGGCACAAUGUUCCACAAACACUGAACUUUGGCUUGUAUAUCUGACACAAUGUCUUUGAGUUAGUGUAAUAAAUUAAGUAUUUAUUUGUUUAUAGAUUUGUUUUCAUGCUGUGGACUUACAGUGAAUAUUUAAAACUUCAUGUCUGAGCCACAUCAAUGUUUUCCAUGAUAAAUGAUGUAACUCACAGUCUUAUUCUACAUUUUGCCUGUAGAGGGCAGCGUUCUGUUGAACAUUAGUCGUUAUUGUUCCUGAAGAUGUUCACAGAAACACGGAUGCAGCCAUCCCUUUGUGUGCGUCAGUUUAGCAGGAACACUCGAAUGUGAAUUAACCAGGUGUUAAGGUGUAAACCUCAUCUAUUAAAUUCCUCCAAUAAGUCAUAUAGCUUUACAGCUAAAAGCAGACCACAAAAUCACAAUCAAUCUAGCGACGAAUUUGUUCUGCCUUUUGAUAUUUGGUUUGAGCAAAAACCUGCAUUUUCAAUUAAAAAGUCAAAAUAAACAAGUAAUCUGUCAUCCUAAGAGUAAACCAAACAAAUGUUUCACUGACAUACAGAAGCAACUCCCUGUGCUGUAAACUCAACCAGCACACUUCCCCCACAACAAAACCUGAAUGAAAUCAAACCAGGGGGAAAUAAACAUCAUAAAGUUUU